AGCCAAAGAUGUCGGCUCGGUCAUGUGAUCAGCUGUGUCCAAUCACAGCUGAUCACAUGGGACAUAUACACAGAUCAUCAGAGCCCCAGCAGUGCCACCUGUCAGAGUCCAUCAGUGCCAGCUGUCGGUGCUCAUCUAUGCCACCUGCCAGUGCCAAUCAGUGCUACAUCAGAGCCACAUUUCAGUGCCCAUCAGUGCCACAUAAAUGCCACAUAUCAGUGCCCAUCUGAGCUGCCUUUCAGUGUCAUCCAUCAGUGCCACCUAUCAAUGCCAGUCAGUGCCACCUAUCAGUGCUACCAAUCAGUGCAACCCAUCAGCGCCAGUCAGUGCUGCCUAUCAGUGUGCAUCAGUGCUGCCUAUCAGUGCCGCAUAACAGUGCCAGCCAGUGCCGCCUAUCAGUGCCAUAUAUGAGUGCUGCCUUUCAGUGCCCAUCAGUGAUGCCUGUCAAUGCCCAUCAGUG